GACCCGUCGACGGCUGCCUCGCUGGCCAGCAGCCGCCUGCCCCUCAGCACCUCGCUGGCCUUCUCCGACCUCACCGAGGAGAUGCUGGACGCGGGCGUGGCGAGGGAGCUGGAGGAGCUGCGCUCCGAGAACGACUAUCUGAAGGAUGAGAUUGAGGAAUUACGUGCUGAGAUGCUGGAGAUGAGAGAUGUCUACAUGGAAGAAGAUGUUUAUCAGUUACAGGAGCUCCGGCAGCAACUAGACCAAGCCAGUAAAACUUGUCGCAUCCUGCAGUAUCGUCUCCGGAAAGCUGAGCGACGUAGCCUCCGUGUGGCACAGACUGGCCAGGUGGAUGGAGAGCUCAUCCACAGUCUUGAACAAGAUGUCAAGGUAGCCAAAGAUGUCUCUGUGCGGCUCCAUAAUGAACUUGAGGCAGUGGAGAAAAAACGGAUUAAACUGGAGGAGGAGAAUGAGGACUUGCGCCAGCGGCUCAUUGAGAGUGAGUUGGCUAAGCAGGUGCUGCAGAAUGAGAUGGACAAGCUGAGGGAGAAUUCUUUGAAGAAAAGAGGAUCACGAUCCCUUGGGAAGGCAGACAAGAAAUCUUCUGCUCAGGAGGACAACGCAGACCUCAAGUGUCAAUUGCAUUUCGCAAAGGAGGAAUCGGCUUUGAUGUGCAAGAAACUGACAAAGUUAGCCAAAGAGAAUGACAGCAUGAAAGAGGAGUUGACAAAAUAUCGGUCCUUAUAUGGAGACCUGGAUAGCUCCCUCUCCAUAGAGGAGCUGGCUGACUCCCCUCAUUCUCGAGAAGCAGAGCUAAAGGUCCACCUCAAGCUUGUCGAAGAAGAAGCCAACAUCUUGAGUCGAAGGAUUGUGGAGCUUGAGGUUGAAAAUCGAGGGCUGAGAGCAGAGAUGGAUGAUAUGAAGGGGCAAGGAGACAAAGAAUUCUUGGGUCAAGACAUCCAGUUUGCCUUCUCCAUGACAAAUUGUGGGGAAUCUGGGGAGAGUGUGGCAGAGCUCAGGCGACACUUGCAGUUUGUGGAGGAGGAGGCUGAUCUUUUGAGGCGCUCACUGAUGGAGCUUGAAGAACAGAACAAGCUGCUUAUGAAUGAGCUCAAUAAGUAUAAAUCAGACCAUGACUUGGACAUCACUUUGUCUGAGGACAGCUGUUCAGUGAUCAGUGAGACCUCCCAAGAGGAGCUGGCCACUGCCAAGGUCCAAAUCAAUGAGCUGAGUGGCAAGGUCAAGAAGCUUCAAUAUGAGAACCGCGUAUUGCUCUCUAACCUGCAGCGCUGCGACCUUGCCUCUUGCCAGACCACCCGGCCCAUGCUAGAGACAGAUGCGGAGGCUGGUGACUCUGCCCAAUGCAUUCCAACAUCCCUUUGGAGGGAGAUGCCCAUUGGGGGUGAGAAUGAGGCUAAGGAGAGAGCACCCGGCCAUGGUUUCAGCAAGUCUCAUGAUAGCAGUCCAAUCCGGCUUCUGCGAUCAAAAGACUUCGAGACCCUCCUUGACAUCAGGGACCAGGCUGCACUUGUCGGCAAAGCCAUUGAUGUCCUGAUCUCUGAUGCCAAUGGCUUCACUUCUAGCCUCAAGUUGUGCAUGGACAACGACUGUGCUGAGCUGGUGCUGAGUGAAGCCAUGGAUAACGAGAGCACCACAGAUUCUAAGCUGAUCAGUGCCAUUUUGAUGCGUCUUGGGGUUCUUCAGCAGGAGCUGAACUCUUUCAUGAAGAAGGUGGACCAUAUUGGAGACUGCUUGAGAGACCAGAAGGACUCCCUGCCAAGCUGUGGCUCUCUGGACUCCACUAAAGAAGCCCUGCGGAAGGAGCAUAGCUCUGAAUUCCAGCAGUCUGACUUUAGGGAGGCCCAAGACUGGGAUGUUGGGGAGAGCAGGCCUUCCGAUUUGUACCGCAUUGGCAGCAGCAACACAACCACCAUUGAUGUGGAUCCCAACAUGGAACGCGACCGGAGCUACAAGUCAUAUCAACUGGAGGAGAAGGACUCUUAUCUGUCAGAGAUCAAGGAGUUGCAACUGGUUCUCUCAGAGGCGAAUGAGAGCUUAAGGGGCCUACAGGAACAGCUCUCCCAGGAGAGGCAGCUGAGGAAAGAAGAAGCAGAGAACUUCACCCAGAAAAUCUGCCAGCUGAAGGAAGAUCACCAGAAGGCCCUCCUGAGGCGAGAAUUUGAGCUGCAGAGCUUGAAUCUUCAGAGAAGGCUGGAACAAAAGUUCUGGAGCCAAGAGAAGAACCUUCUGGUACAAGAAUCCCAGCAGUUCAAGCAGAAUUUCUUACUCCUUUUCAUGAAGCUGAAGUGGUUCCUGAAGCAUUGGAGGCAGGGGAAGAUUCUCCAGAAUGAAGGGAGUGACUUCUUGGAGGUAAACAGUAUGAAGGAACUCUACCUUCUGAUUGAAGAGGAGGAGCUAAAUCCCCAGCAGCAAGCAGAUAAUAAGACAUGUACUGGAGAUACCUGGUCUCAGAACACGCCCAUAGAAUACAUCAAGACUCUGUCAGAUAUGAAGGUGAUCUUGAAGGAACUGUGCACUGAGCUGCGUGAAGAGAGACAAGGCAUGAACGAGUUGCAGCAGCAAUUUGCCAAAGCCAAAGCCACCUGGGAGAUGGAGAGGACUGAACUCAAGUGUCUCAUCACACAGCUUGAAUCUAAGACUGGGAAAGGUCUGGCAGAGAGAGCCCUCUCUGACUGGAAAACAGCUCUGAAGAGGGAGCGAGAAGAGCAUCAGCACCUCCUCGCAGAAUCGUAUAGCGCAGUCAUGGAUCUGACUAAGCAGCUGCAGAUCAGUGAGAAGAACUGGAACCAGGAAAAGCUGGAGCUCCUGGCCCGUUUCAAGGAUGAGCAGCAACAGGCAGAGCAGCAAGUGCGGGAGCUACAGAACAAAAUCAACCAGCUGCAGAAGGGAAUUGACCGAUGGCCUUUGAAAAACUCUGAAAUAGAGAAACACAGCAGUAGCUGGAAAGAAACUCUGAAUGAGAAAAUCACUGACAAAGAAACUGUUUCUGAAAUGGACAUGAAGGGAAGUAAUUUGAAAAGGACAAAGUCCGUUUCCUCAAUGUCUGAAUUCGAAAGCUUGCUUGACUGUUCUCCAUACCUUCCUGGCAAAACCAGUCCUGUGAUCACAGACAAUGCUUGCAGUAAAAAAGGGCCUUCAGCGUCACAGGUGUUGCCUGAUGCUUUAAAGGAUUCUGCAGGACUCACCUCCAAGAACUGUGCCUAUGUGAAUAGUGAGCAACCUUCAUCUGAAAGCCUGGUCGCAGAGAAGUUGGGUGACUCUGCAUGUGACUGCACCCAAAUGAGCAGCUUCUCUGUGCAGGACCAGACCCAGAAACAUAUGCAGAGGAGCCACACAGCCCCAGACAAGACUGGGAUCCGCAUAUACUACAGCCCACCAGUGGUACGCAGGCUGGAAGCACCCCUGGUCCACAACAGAGAGGGGAAAAUAAUGGUUGAACCUGGUUUCCUGUUCACAAUGGCUAAGCCCAAGGAGGAGUCAGACAACUCAGAAAGCACGUACAGCCAGUGGCUGUGCAACUUCUCUAAGCAGCACCGAGAACUGCUUGAUAGUGGUACCGUUAGCGAGAAAGUAGUUGCCCCCGUCCCCAGAUUUCCACCUUCCCUGCAUAACCUUGAAAUCUCUGGUAACAUGAGUGAUGACAUGAAGGAGAUCACCAACUGUGUCCGGCAAGCUAUCCGCUCCAGCUCUCUGGAAAGAAAGGUUAAGAGCACUUCUAGCCAAACAGUUGGGUUGACCAGCAUUGGUACUCAGACUAUCCAGACUGUUAGCAUUGGUUUGCAGACAGAUAUGCCCAGAGGCAGCAUCCACAGUAGCAAGAGCUGGUCCCCACGAAGCUCCUCCCUUAUGUCUGUGCGGAGCAAGCAGAUCUCAACAUCACUAGACAAAGUACACUCCAGGAUUGAACGCCCUUGUUGCUCCCCAAAGUAUGGCUCCCCCAAACUGCAAAGAAGAUCAUCUUCUAAGCUGGAUAACUCAAAAGAUCGAAGCCUCUGGAACCUCCAUCAGAGUAAGCAAAAUGGGUCUGCCUGGGCUCGCUCCACUACAACCAGAGACAGUCCUGUUCUCAGCAACAUUAACGAUGGCCUGUCCAGCUUGUUCAACGUUGUGGAGCAUUCUGGGAGCACAGAGUCCAUCUGGAAGCCUGGAUGUCAGGAAAGCAAAGUCAAAUCGGAAGCACCCAAGUAUGGGAUUGUGCAAGAGUUUUUCCGGAAUGUGUGUGGCAGAACUCAGAGCCCAACUUUGCCUCCUGAGAAGAAAGACUCAGUAGCAGGAGAAAGCAGCAGCAGCAAGAAGCCAGAUCAUUCCUCUGCAGCUGUGCUCCAUCCAUCUGAAAACACUUCCAAGGUCCUUGACAAAAAACCUUCAAAGCAGAGCUGCAGCGAGGAACCAAAGCUGUCCAUCCCAUGUCAAAGUGGCAAGGAGAGACCCUUCAAAGAUCUAGAUGUCAUCUCUGCGACUAUUGCCAAUGAGGAUGUUGCCUGUGACUGCAGCUCCCAGUCGUUGACCUCCUGUUUCGCUCGCCCAUCACGCUCAGCUGUCCGUCACUCCCCUUCCAAAUGCAAGUUGCAUCCCUCUGACGGCAACCGGACAGAAGAGAAAACAGGGCCCCCGAGUGAGUGAGAUGUCUGCACUUGCUGCUGUGCAGGUGGAAGAGCAACUCUGUCCAGGAACUGCCUGUCACUUGGCCACCUAUAAGACUGGCUACUUCUGAGCCUACCAUAGCUGAGGGUCUUUGCUGUUAAAUACUCAGAGGCAGUAAUCAUGCAGCAAUGCCAGUCUUGUGUAAGCUCAACAAGGAUAGCUGCAAUACAGAAGCUCACCUAUGUAGCCGGGGGCAGAGUGUGGGAGUUUAGCUAGAGGUGUGGUUUCCUAUCAUCUGAAACCUUCCAGACCCUUCCCAACCCCCUACAUCUGCCCUCAGUAAGAAUGUGUUCUAUGAUAUCUGAACACUGUCAAAGUCUAGUGAAGUGGUCUUGCUGUAUCUGUGGUCUGAAGUGUGUGAGGGUGUGCAUGCAUGCGUGUGUGCGUGCGAGAGGAAAAGAGAGAAAGAGAGCAUGUACGAGUGAAAGAGAGAGAGAGACUUCAAAUCUGAGGAGAUGCAUCUCUUCCCGCUGUAACCAGCGCCACAGUGGGAGGGAUGAGGGAGUGUGAGGAAGUAUAUGUGAAACGGCUCAGCCGCGCCUGCUCGCCUGCCUGCCUUCAUCUGAGGGAAACAAAAACACCAGAGAGCUGAUUUCAAAGCCUUAAGAACUCUUUAAGUCCAACAUUGCUAAAGGAGUUUCCCAUAAUGAGAUACUGAGUUGGUGUACAAACAAGAGAGAGGACUUGGAAGUUGUUCUCAAGUCUUGCUGAUGAAAUGCUGUCAUAAUACCAGUCUUUAGGGUGUUGUGUACAAAUAGGUCGGGAGCACCACAGGACUGCUCUGUCACUAAGUUUGUAUGGAUGGUUUUACCACAUGUGCAGCCAGCUUGUGCCAUCACUCCUGGGCUGCUACCCGGCAGUUAGGCGUGCAGUAUGGUCCUAUAGAAAUAAGCAGUGGUGUCAACUGUUGAUGAAACAAAGGCACUGCGCAAAACAAACACCUUCUUGCGUUUGUGCAGGCCAGGUGCAAGAGACAACAGCCAGGCCAGUGUGGCCUGUGUUGUCUUCCUGUUUGUGUGCAUCAAAUUUCCCAUAGUUGCUAAAAUGUAUAAACAGAGCUGAGCUUUCCUUUUUAGGCCACUGAUGUCAUCUUUGUAGCUUAGAACAAUUGUUGUUUUGUUAUAUCAGCCUCUGUUUCUGUGCUUGGCUGGCCAGGGUACUGCUCAGCCUGGGGAGUUCACAGAAAGGGAGUACUAAACACUCUGUGUCACCAAACCCAGUCUUAUUUCUAUUUCUCUCUGCCCCCACCACACCUUGGACAACUACAACUGUUCUUAACGAAAAUCACUUCUGUUGUUUAUUUUGUUGGAAUUCUCAGGGUCUCAGUGACCAACAGGCAUCUGGAAGAAUGAUUAUUUCAGGGGGAAAUGUCUGCGGUAUGCAAGCACAGGUCUAAUAGAGAGAAAACACCAGGGAAACAGUGAAUGGGUGGAGGAGGCACUGUUCUGUGGUAUUGAACAUUCCAAAUCCCUGGGAGGCUUGUGGGCCAGCUUCACAUCUCAGGACAGGGUUUCUCUUAUGUCAUGAUCUCCAUUUGUUGCAGACCAUGGUCCAUUUAUUGAACAGUUGGUUCCUGUGAUACUCUCACAGAACAAAGGUGCCUCUUAGUUUGUUGAAUCUUUGGCUUCCAAUUUGUGGCAUUGCCUGCUUACACAGAGAACCUCAGCAGCUCCAGCAAUGGUUCUUUUUGUUCCCUGAAUCUUGUUUUUCUGCUAAGGGAUUUUGAGGAUGAAGGAGUCUUGAUGCUUCUCCUGUUUUUUGCAGUACUUGAAAAACAACCCUGUACUCUAGCUUCUCAUUAAGUCACGCUCCUAUGGAACGGAAAAUGCUCGUGGAACAGAUCCCCUCAGCAUCAGACGCUGCCUAUUUUAUUACCUGGAGCUAUAUCACUUUUGUAGAGCACAAGCAGGCCCAAGCAUUAGCUUCUUAGGCGCUAUCUUUCCAAAGGGAGAAUCCUUGUAGGACUCAGCUAUUUGAGAAUAGAGUUUUGGGAUUAGAAGCUUGCGUGCUUCUCCAUGAAUUUUUUUUUAGAACACUACUCAAAAUUGCUAGCAUAUGGAACAUGUAAAAUGUUGAGGAGAAGACUAAAUUGGAAUACUUUCCUGGAGCUGUUAACUUUUCAUAAGCAGGGAAUAUUUGACAUGAGUAUGUAACCAAGCCUCAUGCCUUACCUCCACUCUGACAUGGUAUAGUCACAGGAGGGACUGUACCAUGUUGAUUUUUAAAGUUUGUAUAUCAGUCUUCAGGAGGGUUAGGAAGGAAUGUUUCUGAGUAGAAGUGCAGCAACCUGGCUGAUCCAUAUUGGAAUGUUAGAUAAUAUUGUUACUACAAAACAAUAGCUUAUUAUCCUAAGUCUGUAAAGAAGAUUAAAUUUUCUGCAUUAGGAUAUUUUUUAAAAUUGUAAGAUGUGGGGGAAUCUUCUGACACCAGUGAAAAUUCCAGUGUAUUUUAGGGCAUAAAAAUAUACCAUGUCCAGAAGAUAUUUGCAUGUUCAAGAAUUUUUUUUUUCUUAAACACCAAGAGGCAGAAAAAGCUAGGUAUGAAAAAAAAGGUAAAAUAACACUUUAGAGCAAGCAUGAUAUAGUGGGAAGGACUAGGAUUCAGGAGAGCUGGGUUCAAAUCCCUGUUUGGUCAUAGAAAGUCACCGGGGAGUGGCACUGCUAAAAACAAUUCCAUGAAAACAUCUCCUACCCCUUGACACCCUUUGUAGGGUUGCCAUAAGUUGAAUGCAGCUUGACAACGCUUAAACAAACCAGCACAUACACUUGUAUUGUGGACCAUUUCUUGACCUUGGUAAAUGCCAGGGAACUGGUUGUUUCUCUCAAAGGAGAAAAUUUUAAUUGCCCCUGAAGAGGGUUAACCUACUUAAAAGCAGAGCGUGACAUUUCUGCUACAACAUGGUUUGCAUGAAAAAUGGCCGGUGACAAUAUUUUGUCCAGAUAGCAAGGAGAAAAAAAUUACCCCCUGGCAUAAAACAAUAUCCAGUACCUUUGAAUCCGCACUACCCGCCCCGUGUGACCAAAUGCUACCACCUUCGCAAAGCCAACGCUCCUAGUCCAGAUAGGCGAAAAAUCCCCGUCUCUGUUGGCCAAUUGGAGCAGGAUAUAAAUCAAAUAAAUAAAUAAAUAAAAUA